GUAAAAUGUGUAAUUUAAAUGUAAAAAGGGAGGAAUAAGAGAUUAGUGUGUACUGCAAGAGGUGGGCAUUUGACAGCCCGCUUGAAAACAAAAGAUCGCUGCACAAUUUGCUUGAAAACAAAUCCCCGGAAGAACGGGUGCCAAAAUAAAAAUGGAUAGUCUGAUAAAAGAGGUUGACCGAGUACGGUCGGUGGCGGUCGGCGACUCCCGCCGAAAAAAAAAGUUUAGUCGGAAAAGAUAGUUGACCGAGCACGGUCGAGAGCGGUGGUGUUUCUCCCCGCUGUAGAUUCGGAUAAAAGAGGUUGACCGAGUACGGUCGGUGGUUUCCCGAUAUUCUAAUCGUGUGAGAACCGUAGAGUGGUGUUGGGACGUGAAAGAAACCUAAAGCAAAACAGUGCUGGGACGGAAUGGGAGACCGCAGCGUUUGGGUCCAGAUAAGAACAAAGUGAAAGGAAACAUCUAUAAAUACGACAAGAUUUGCGCGCUUCCGGGACUAGUCCGGAAGAUUCGGUCGUUGAAAGAUGAAGUGUUUUCAGAAGACUGCAAUGUCCGAGAGUUACUCUAGUGAUCACUAUGUGUCAGUUCCCGAGUUUUACGCCGGGAUCGAUGUGUUCAUUACUGGCGGUACUGGCUUCAUGGGUAAAGUGCUGAUCGAGAAGCUGCUCCGGUGCUGCCCAGACGUUCGCCGCGUGUUUGUGCUGAUGCGUUGCAAGCGGGGCAAAACGCCCGAUGCCCGUGUCCAGGAGCUGACCAAUAAUCCACUAUUCAAGUGUCUGAAGAUGCAAAAUCCGGCCACAUUGGCCAAGCUGGUGCCCAUGUUUGGCGACUGUAUGCAGUUACGACUCGGCAUGUGCGAUGACGACAUCCGCCGGUUGGAAAGUGUUUCGGUCGUGUUUCACUUAGCUGCCAGCGUGCGGUUCGAUGAUCCGCUCAAGGAUGCCAUUCUGACUAAUGUGCUGUCGACGAGGGAAAUUUUUGAGAUUUGCAAAGGGUUGCCGGAGCUGAAAGCCAUGGUUCACGUGUCGACGGCGUACAGCAAUCCGGAGCAAAGAAACGUGGAAGAGCGGUUGUACCCACCAAAAGCGGAUUGGAGGAAAAUGUUGGACUGUGCUCUGAAGUUUGACCAUGAAGUAUUAGAUAUUCUAACCGAUAAGAUCACCAACUUCGCCCCUAACACGUACACCUUCACCAAGGGUCUCGCCGAGCAGGUAUGCAAGGAGUACCAAGAUCAGCUGCCGCUUGUUAUUUUCCGCCCAUCGGUUGUGGUGAACACAAUCGACGAACCCCUCGUCGGGUGGAUCGAUAACCUGAACGGUCCGUCCGGUAUGCUGGUAGGUGCGGGAACCGGUGUCGUGCGAACGGAUUUGAUGCCAAUCGAAAACAGCGUCAACGCCAUUCCGGCAGAUAUCUGCAUAAAAGCACUGAUUUUGGCUGCAUGGCGGCGUGGUACCAAAGAGGAAACCCUAAGGCGGAACUUCCUACCCGUGUACAACAGCGCCGUGGAGGGCGAACAUACAUGGCAGUACCGGAAGGUGCUGGACUGCGGUAAAGCAAACAUGACUAAACUUGUGACCAAUCGGUUACUGUGGGUACCUGGCGGAUCGUUGACCACGUGGCGAAUCAAGUAUUAUCUGAUGGUGCUGCUAGUGCACAUUCUGCCGGCGAUGCUGGUCGAUGCGCUGUGCUUGGUGACCGGGAAGUCAACAUUCUUGUUAAAGAUACAACGGAAGGUAUUCCUCGCGCAAUCAUGUCUGCGAUAUUUCGCCUUCAAUCAGUGGAAUUUUGAAACGAAACGUUUGCAAUCACUGCGGAAUGAUCUGCGAGGUAAAGAUGUAGACAACUUCAGCUGGCACCUGUCGGAGCAGCGGAUCGACCAGUUCUACUACGACUGCUGGCUGGGCGUGCGGCGCUAUCUGUUGAACGAUCCGGACGAGACGCUACCGCAGGCCAUCCGCAAGGUACAUCGGCUAAUCGUGAUCGACCGGUUGCUGAAGAUUGGCCUUGGCCUGCUGGCGGCGUACGUACUUUGGAAAAGUUCAUUCUUUCAGAAUCUGGAAACCCAAUUGGUGCGGUUCAGUCGAUGAAACUCGUGUUUGGAAGGGAGCAAUGUGAAAUAAAGAAAACGCCUUUUGUGGUGACACUA